GAUGUUAGAUCAGAAGCAAGCAGCAGCAGCAGCAGCUGCAGCUGAGAAUGGAUGCGAUCAAGGGUAGGCGACCGUGGGGAGAAAGGAAGAAAAUGAGAAGGGGGCGGCCCGUUGAUGAAGCCGAGGAAGAAGAAGAAGAGGCGAGGCGACUGGAGAUAGUCGACAUGAGUGGGAUGGGUUUGGAUUCUUUGCCAAAUCCUUCUCCUCUCAAUAUCGGUACUAUCGGCAAACUUGACCUAUCCUCUAACAAUCUUCAGAGCAUACCAGAAUCAGUAACAGCAAGAAUGGUGAAUCUGAUAGUGUUGGAUGUGCACUCAAAUCAGCUGAAAUCCCUCCCAAACUCAAUUGGGUGUUUGUCAAAGCUAAAGACUUUGAAUGUCUCUGCCAACUUUCUCGAAUCACUCCCCACAACUAUUGAGAAUUGCAGAUCACUGGAGGAUCUGAAUGCCAACUUCAACAAGCUAACAAAGCUGCCAGACACUAUAGGUUUCGAGCUUGUGAACCUAAAGACUCUAUCAGUGAACUCCAACAAGCUCAUAUACCUCCCUCACUCCAUCUCCCACCUCACCAACCUCCGCGCCCUCGACGCCCGCCUCAACUGCCUCCGCUCCCUCCCCGACGACCUCGAAAACCUCAUCAACCUCCAGACCCUCAACAUCAGCCAGAACUUCCACUACCUCUCCACCCUGCCCUACUCCGUCGGCCUCCUCCUCUCCCUCGUCGAGCUCGACGUCAGCUACAACAACAUCACGACGUUGCCGGACUCCCUCGGGUGCCUCAGGAAGCUGCAGAAGCUCAACGUGGAAGGGAACCCGCUGGUUUCUCCGCCGGCGGGAGUGGUGGAACGGGGAUUGGAUGCCGUGAAGGAGUACUUGACUGAGAAGAUGAAGGGAUCCCACAAGGAGGAGGAGUCGCCCAAGAACAGUGGUAGGUCGUGGAUUGGGAAGCUGGUUAAGUAUGGGACGUUCAACGGGCGGCAGAGGCACGGUGGUAGGGCGACCCGUGAAGAUCAGAGCCAGGGGUUCGUCAUGCCGAGCUACAGACCCAUCGACGGGCUUGCUUCCCCAAGGUACACAGGAAUAUUUUCACCUGGGCGCAUAUUCUCACCCAAAACAUACACAGGAAUGUUUUCACCACGGCGUAUAUUCUCACCUAAAACGUAGUACUUCACAAGAUGAAGAAGAAAUCGUGUGUAUUGUGCUACUACAAGACGUAGUAAUAACGUUUUAAGAUGCACAUUAAUGGCAUUGGUGAAUCCGUGCAUAAGUUCUACUCCUUCUGUCUCAAAAUAAAUGUCAAGUCCGCAAAACGAGAACUAAAAAUAAUACGAAUUUUCCAAGAAACAAUUGACUAGAUAUCCAUGAGUUCUUUUAUUUGAUGGAAAAAAUUGGCAUUUUUUCUUGUAAAAAAACGUAUUACUUUUAAGUCCUCGUUUUGCUAACCGGACAUUUAAUUUGGAAUGGGGAAAAUGCUUCAAAUUUAUUUUUCAGCUAUGUACUAGAAUGAAGCAAUAAAAAGAUGUAUAAUAAUCAUUCGCGACUGUAUUAUUGUGGUUCAUGCAUUUGGUCAACGUAUUGUAU